GGAAGCGGUGGCAAAAAGAUGACCAAAAGUGAGUCCAAAGCCCAGACUCUGUCGACGCCAUCGAUGGCUAACUCGUUGGCGGCCAACAAGACAACGCCGAAAGACAUCGCAAUUGUCACUCAAAUACUGAAGGAUAUGGCGAUCACUGACUACGAGCCCCGAGUGGUGAACCAAAUGGUUGAGUUCACAUACAGUGAGUAUACUGUGGAUGAGUUUGUGUGGCAAUCAUGUGACCAAUUGGUGUGUCUUUGUCUGCCAUCGACCGCAUCGGUAGGGUAUGUGUCGAAUGUGUUAGAAGACGCGCAUCUGUUCUCGAGUUACGCCAAGAAGAAGGCCAUCGAUUCGGACGACAUCUCGCUGUCGGUUCAGCUACAGGUCGAUAAGGGCUUCACUGGUCCGCCGCCACGGGAUCUGUUGCUAGAGAUCGCGCGCACGAAGAAUAAUCAGACGCUUCCGGCCAUUAAGUCGCAUAACGGGCCGCGACUUCCCGCCGACCGAUACUCUCUGAUCGCCUGUAAUUACAAACAAAAGUCAAACAAAUCAAAGCCCCAGACCUUCAGGACAUCGAUGACCGGGACAUCGCUUCUCAAUAACUCGUCGUCCGUUUUGAAGCCUAUGUCCACAACGCCUAAGACUGGCUCUCAGAUACUGACCAUUAAGUCAAUGGAUGUCUCCCAGGGAUUGAAACGAAAGUUAGACGACUCUUGA